AUGAGGAGCCAAUCGGGUGCCAGUAUUCACGCCAGCCCUUGCACUCUCCUCUCGGUACCGAUGGUACGCACCCUCCAGGUGUGGUUUGGAGUGUUUCCUCUCAGGAUGGAUCACUGCGUCGGGUCUCUGUGUUUGGACCACAAGUAUUGCAGUGCCGCCCCAUCGUUCCCCGAGCACGCCUGUCGCAGUGUGAUCGCACACUCCGAUCCUCCGUGUGGUUGUACAUCUCACCCUCCAUGUGUCCCUCACCGUCACAUGAUCCACGGCCGAUGUUCGUGGACCGACCACCUCCCCCGCUACACCAGCGUGACGUGCAACACGCUGAGCUUGUCAUCCACUCCUCCGUGUCUCACUUCCAUCAUCAGGCGUGAGGCCGUGCUGGCCCGCAGAGACCCCGACGGAUUCUACUACCUCGGUACAGUGCGGCACCAGGAGGAGCCCGGGGUCUUCCUAAUCGAGUUCAAUGAGCCAUCUGUGCAGAGGGAUCGGUACCCGGCCAUGCUGCAGAAGACCCGAUCCGGCGACAUCAUCCAGUACGAGGAAGCGCGGAGACGUUGCAUAGUACCCGGUGACAACGUUCUCGCUCCUUGGGAGCCAGGGCUAACCCGCUAUGGGCCUGGGACCGUCAUCCUCGGCCUGGAGACCAGAGACCCCCUGCGUGUGACGGAGGACGAGGAUCUGACCGUCUGUUUUUGGAAUGGGAAGAAGGUGAGCGUCGCGCUGGGCGUGGCUUUGUGGAUUUCACCGACGGUCCACCAUAGGAUCGUGGACGCACUUCAUCGUCCAAUCACUGGUCGCCAGCUCCCGGAGGCCGGCCCCCAGAGCACCACAACCUACGUCAUCACCGACCGCUGCACCACAGUGCCCGUCCCCGUGUGCGCCACAGACCACCGCCACGGCUGGGGUCACCACCCCGUCCACCCGCACCUCACCCACCAACACUGCACCUGCUGCUGCUUCCCCAGACACCCGACCUGCACCUGCUGCUCCGACCCCAAGUGCCGGGACUGGUGGCCACUGACCCCGAGGACCGCCGUCUACGUCCAGCGAGGAAAGGAAACCGACAACCAUGAAGAGUUAUAUUCCAGCACCGCAGCGAGGACAACGUCCCGGAACAACCGCGUCCGCCAUUGGUCAUCGUCCUCUGAGAGCGAGGGAGAAGAUGAGGACACGGACGGGGAGACGUAUCUGUCCAGGACCACCCGCAGCACAAUGGUGGACAGCGCCGUCAACACGGAUUCCAGUCUAUGGGACGAGCCGAGAUCGGACGCCGGUGAUCGGCCCGAGUGGAAGUAUUGGAAGCGCGGCCAACCGGAACCCUUCUACCGGAAGCCGGGAAUUAUAAAGUCAAACAGCAGAAAGUCCCCAGAGAAUUCCGGAGCCGGCGCGUCGGAUGGUUUCGGGGCCACCAAUCGGAGCGCCCUGUUUGAAACUAUAUCGGAUUCACCAGCCCGGCGCCUCACGGUGAAAGACGUUUUGGUCCACGCGGAUUUUGUCCCGUCUCACGCGGAACCGUCGCGUCCCGUCGCCGAGCGCCUCGGGGAAACGGAAAUCCGGAAACUGCGACUCCAGCACGCCAUCCUCGAGAAGCAACAAGAGCAGAAAGAGCGACGGCGACAGCGGGAGCAGAAGAGGGAGGACGAGUCCGAGAAGAAGUACAACCAGAACCACGAGACGCAGAGGAAGAAGUCUGAGCUGCGUCUGCAGAACGAGGAGCAGAAAGUGAAGGAGCGAGAGACGAGGAAUAUCACCAAUAUGAAAGCCAAGAUGGCAGCCAGCGAGGAGCGCAAAGAGCGUAACCGGACUGUCGCCGCGGAGGACAAGAAGAGAGAACAGCGAAGACUCGAGCACCUGCGCAACGUACGAGAGAAGAUCGACCGGAGAGAGUACGAGAAGUGCGCGGCGAGCGAACAGAACGAGAUCAAACAUCUGGCUGCCCAGCAGCGGAGGACGGAGAAUCAUUACAGAGAAGUUGCAGGGAAGGUUUUCCAGUCUGAACGCGGAGGAGGUCGGCGGGUUCUGGACCCGGAAACAUAG